UGCAGGAGGCAUCUGUCCCAUCUUCCACCCCUACUCCACCCCAGCCUGCAGAGGAGAAGUACAAUGCUGAUCCAGCCCUCAAAGAAAUCCAGUUUGACACCCCGGGUUUAACUAGUGGUCUGGCAGGAAACCCGGUGGAACUUAGAAAGGGCUGAUUGUAUUCUGUUCUGACCCUUGUCUUUCUUUCCUCAGAGCAAUCCUGAACUAUGUUCAAUGGAAAAGGCUCCUGGAAGUGCACCAGGCAGCCCAAGAGGAGGGGCUGAAAGCCCCCUGGAUGCCAUUUGCCUGAGUGAAUCUGAUAAGACAGCAGUUCUGACUCUGAUCAGAGAAGAGAUUAUAUCUAAGGAAAUUGAAGCCAAUGAAUGGAAGAAAAAAUACGAAGGAAGUCGACAGGAAGUUUUGGAAAUGAGGAAGAUUGUGGCUGAAUAUGAGAAGACAAUUGCACAGAUGAUAGAGGAUGAGCAGAGGACCAACAUGACAUCCCAGAAGAGUCUCCAGCAGCUGACGAUGGAGAAGGAACAAGCCUUGUCUGACCUGAAUUCGGUGGAGAGGUCUCUGUCCGAUUUGUUCAGGAGAUACGAGAACCUGAAGGGAGUCCUGGAAGGUUUCAAGAAGAAUGAAGAGGCCUUGAAGAAGUGUGCUCAGGAUUAUCUCAAUCGGGUUAAACAAGAGGAACAGCGCUACCAGGCUUUGAAAAUCCAUGCGGAGGAGAAAUUAGACAAAGCCAAUGAAGAAAUUGCUCAGGUCCGUACUAAGGCCAAAUCUGAGAGUGCAGCUCUCCAUGCCGGACUUCGAAAAGAACAAAUGAAGGUCGAUUCUCUUGAAAGGAGCCUCCAGCAGAAGAACCAGGAAAUUGAAGAGCUGACCAAGAUCUGUGAUGAGCUGAUUGCCAAGAUGGGGAAGACCGAUUGAUGGCUCUUAUCAUCUGGAGCACUUGGUUUCUCCCUGCUGUCCAUCUGUAUCUUCCAGCAAGCAUCUUGCCUUAUCCCCCCCACCCACCCCCAGAAAUAAUCUUUUCCACUUUCUUGGCAGCAAAAGCACAGGCUUCUGUAUUGAGGGUCUGCCAUCUGCAAGAGGACUGACGAUUGCCCUGUUUGUACCCAUUUUUCCUGCCCUCUAGAUCUCCCUUGCCUAUUCAGUAUUUUUGCAGGCUCUCCUGACUGCAUGAAGCCAACGGAUAAGAAGCAGGGCCAUUAGUCACCUGCAGAAGAGAGCAAUGUUUGCAGAUGCUUCCGUCUGAAGGCCAGAAAUGCAGCUUAAUCGAAUACAUAUUCCCCUGCAUGUACUAGUACCAUGCCCAGCAAGCACAUGAGUGGAAUACGAUUGCCUCUAAAAGCACAAGGGGCAAAGUCUCGAGGCCGAUGUUCCUCAGGGGGAAAUGCCCAUAUGAAAAUGGAUUGGCAUUCCUGGCAGCUUGGCACCUUGGCAAAUUGUGGUCAGCCACGGAGAAAAGGAAUUCCUCCCUGACCAACUUAGAGCUUCAGGCGCCAUAAGCUUUGUAGGCCUGAAAAUAUGUGCCACGAGAAAUCUAUAAGCUCUAAAGGCAGCCUUUACAGUCCUGAGGGGCCAUAGGAUGUGAGGGUUUUGCAUUUUAGCGCUUCUCCCAGAUGUGGUGCUGCCAGCUUGGGGUGUUUGGGAUGCUGGAAUCUGAAAAGCACUUGGGAUGGGGAAGUUAGUAUAAGGUACCAUAAUUCUCUUAAAGAGGUAUAGCGAGCUGGAUUGAGAUUUGUCUUAGUGCAGGGGUCUCCAACUUUGGCAACUUUAAGAUUUGUGGACUUCAACUCCCAGAGUUCCUUAGCCAGCUUUGCUCUGGGAGUUGAAGUCUACAAGUCUUAAAGCUGCCAAGGUUGGAGACUCCUGCCUUAGCGCACUUUAAAGUGAUAGCACGAGCGUAGUGCUCCAUAAUUCACCCGAAGUGAACACGCACAGUGAACUUGAGUGGAGAAGAGCAACUGUUAGAAAUCCCUAAACACACACACACAAACCCACACACAGAAAUCCACACACAGCGACAGCAGAAACAUGCACCUGCCAACCAUUCCUCAUCUUAGCAGUUUUCCUCUGUCCAGACAAAGAGCAGGGAACGGAACACAAUGGAGAGCAAGUGAAGAAAUAGAAGUUCAACCUCCUUGCGCCAACUACUGAUGACUAAACUCCUUCCCGGGCCUCACCAAGGUCCCCCUGAGAAUUUGAUACCAUUUCAAGAUCUAAAAUGACCUGCAAAGAACACUCCCUCCCUCCUCUCACUUGAGGUCAUUAAAAUGGAGAUCCAUCCAGGAACUGCAAUUGUCCUGGGAGUUUUGCGAUGGCCACAAACGUUUUUAUCAGCCAGGUCUUUGCUUUCAGGCUUGAGACCUUUUCACCUUGUCUCCAUUUUUGGAUGGAAGCCACAGCGACUAGUCCAUUAAGGAACUUGCAAAAUCGAUACUUCAAAGAGGUCCCGAGUUGUCCCAGUCCAGAUGUUGGAGCCGCCGGUCUCAGGAUUGAGAUUCGUAAUUGCAAAGCAUCUGCAAGGUGCCGUUCGGUGAUGGCUGGUGUGAACAUUUUGGUUGUUUCAUGUUGGCAUUGGUGUCUUACAUACUCUAGCUCAGUGUUUCUCAACCUUGGUGACUUUAAGUCCUGUGGACUUCAACUCCCA